CUUUCUGCACCCGCAUUCUUUUUUUUUUUUCAGAUAAAGAUUGCGUGCUGCUUCGCAAUUGAUCAAUCCAUUUGAGCUUCGGUCCAAUGCGGCCACGUUCAGUACCCUUGCCUCAUACGGCACAGGUUCGCUCCCCGGCGGCCUUUUCGCGACUACCGCGACCAUUAUGCGGAGCUCGCAACUAUGCGCGGAUGACGGAGGCUUUGACGACAAACUUAAGUCAUCCCAACGGCUAUCGACCUGCGCUGAAAUCCUUCGCAUCUGCAAUCGAGCAGGGGCAGAAAAGAUGGGUAACCCAACAGUACCUGCGCCGGAUGGAGAACGCAAAAAAAGAGUGGUCGGAGUUCGCAGAGGAAAUCAAAGCAGGGCGGAAGAAGAACUUUGCACAGCACCUUGAAGAGAGAGGCCUCCUGCACGAUGUAGUUGGGGAACGAGAGUUAUUACAUCGUCUCUUUACGGAGAAGCGGGUUGGGCUUUACGCAGGUAUUGAUCCGACAGCGCCUUCCUUACACGUUGGUCAUAUGUUGCCAUUCAUGGUACUCGCCUGGGCGUAUGUUUGGGGGUUGCCUGUCACUUUUCUACUCGGAGGUGCUACAUCACGCGUCGGUGACCCAACCGGGCGUUUAAAAGGGAGAGAGCAGGUCCAUUCCUCGGUUAGAAAAGCCAACAUGGCCAGCAUGCAUAUGCAGUUGAAGAAGCUGGGAGCGAGCAUCGAAAAAUAUGGCGCCAGGCAUGGCCAUAACAAAACCAUGAUCUGGAAACGGGCAUUGAAAAACAAUAACGAAUGGUGGAACAAGCUGCCAUUCCUUGAAGUUCUUCGAGAUCUAGGAGCAUACAUGCGCCUUGGCCCUAUGUUGGGAAGAGACACCGUCAAAAACCGAUUGGCAAAAGGCGACGGUAUGUCUUUUGCGGAGUUUUCCUACCCUCUCAUGCAAGCAUGGGAUUGGUGGGUAUUGUUCCGAAAAGGUGUUCAAGUACAGGUAGGAGGAAGUGAUCAGUACGGAAACAUUCUGUUUGGAAUGGAUGCCGUGAAGGCAAUCAGCAAAAAUACUGCAAUAGAACAGGAUCAGAAUCCCCUGGAAGAUGACUUGGACAAGCCUAUUGGUCUCACUACACCACUACUAACCGCUCCAUCCGGGGAGAAGUUCGGAAAAUCCGCUGGUAACGCUGUCUGGCUUGACAAGGACAUGACAUCCACAUUUGAACUGUACCAGUUUUUUGUCCGAACACCCGAUGAGGUUGUUGAAAGUUAUCUAAAGAUGUUUACGUUCAUGCCUCUGCCUGAAAUUUCCAAAAUUAUGGAAGAACAGAACAAAGACCCAUCCAAGCGGGUGGCUCAGCAUACUCUUGCUUCCGAGUUCGUUGAGCUUAUACACGGUAAGGAAGAGGCCGAUGCAGUCGCUAUGCAACACCGUCAGCUUUUCCGGUCACGAUCUUCUACUGCUGAACCGACUCCUAUGCCCCGAACUCCUGGUUCUACCCCUGGCAGCCCACAAUCUCCAACAUCUGCUUUCACCAAUCCACAGUCUGGGAAUGUGUAUGCGCCCCAGACCAACUUUGCAAACAUGCCGUCUGCCCAAGUCACGCUACCCCGAUCAUUGGUCUAUAACCAGACGUUCAAUAAGGUGCUCUGGUCCGCUGGUCUUGUAUCCUCCAAGAGCGAAGGUCAUCGAAUCAUCUCAAACCAGGGUGCCUACGUAGGAAGCCGCCCAGGAGACAGUGGAUCAAUGUCAGACCAGUUAGCCUUCACGCCUAUCAAAACCUGGACAGCCGAGAAGACCCAGGAGUAUAUUCUCGAUGGUGAUCUUAUGUUCCUGAAGUUAGGCAAGUGGAAAUUCAAGAUCGUCAAAAUUAUCAGUGAUGAGGAAUUCCAAGACCUCGGCCUCACUGUCCCCGGAUGGGAACCGGAAAGCUCCAGCACAGAGGCAGACAAUGACAAGACCCCUGCAUAGGUAAUGACCCCUAUGCGUUGAUAGCACCCAUACCUUACUCUCCCCUUUGUACCACUACUACUGCUAUAGAUUUGUAAAUAUAUACUACUGUACUUUUACGAAUUCACUCUAAGCCUCUACCAAGGCUGCCGACUUUUUUACCUUGUUGGACUGGACGCACUAUUACGAUAUAUUCGGCAAAAGCAUAGAUCUCUCUGGCUUCUAUCAAGAAGAAGGAAUAAUGAAUUGUAUAAGAAUACAGUGAAAUCCC